AUGUCAUCGACAUCGAAAUCGUUUCUAAUCAAAGAUAUUCUUUCGGAAAAUUCUGAAUCAACAUCUUCCGAUGAAAGUAAUGAUAAUACAGAAGUUUUUCUAACUAAACCAAUUGAUCUUCGACGGUAUUUUAAUCAUCCAUUAUAUCCAAUUCCUUUACGACCAAGUUCUUUACUACUGUCAAAACCAACAACAACGACAACAACAUCAACAUCAACACUACGUAAUGCAUUUCGUGUCGAUAAUAAUGCACAAAAUUCACCAUUGGAUGCUCUAUUUGAAAUGACGAAGAAAACAUUUGAUAAAACGAAUUCAAAUGCAUAUGAUGCGGAUGUAUCAUUAAAAUUAACACAUGAAUUACAUAAAAGAAAACGACGAAAAAAUCGUACAGCUUUUAGUGCACAACAAAUUUAUGCAUUAGAAAAACGUUUUGCACAUCAACGAUAUUUAACACCCAAUGAUCGUGAUCAAAUUGCUAAUGAAUUACAACUUUCACCUGCUCAAGUUAUUACUUGGUUUCAAAAUAGACGUGCUAAACUUAAACGAGAUUAUGAAGAAUUAAAGAAUGAUGUAAAUGCAGCACGAAAAUUACAAGCUAUGGGAGAACCUGUUGAUUUCAGUUGA